CGCGGAGCACGAACCAAUCUCAUGCAAGCGCCCGAAAAUGCGAUCGCCGACGAUGGCAGCACCGUCGGGUCGGGCGACCACGGGGUCCAAGGAGCGCCGCCGAACCCGGCGACGGUCUUCCUGAACAACUUCCCGCGCUUCUCCAAGGACCGCGAGGUAGACGACACCUUGGACCUUAGCACGGACGACCUGCAUCUCUCGACGGCGACCGACGCCAUGCACGCAUCGAUCGAGGCCGCGCUCGCUGCGUGGAACGACAUUAGCCCAGUGGAAACCAUUGAAGCCCUGAGGCCCAAGGAGCAGCGCGAAAAGACGCUGGCAUUUGCGCGCGUAGGCUACAGCGACGCGCCGGCGGCGACGGACGACGAGUCGCGCAUCAAGGACGUCUUCCGUGGCCUCAAGUCCGAGGCACAGCACCGGGCAGAGCACAUGCCGAGCCCCGCGACACAAGCCUUUUUGGAAAAGUACCCGGCCCAGCGACAGCGACCGCUCGAGGCGUUCACAACGCCGUCGUGGCUCGUCGCCAACCACGCUUGCACGAGUCACCCGCCCCCGAACGAAGUCCUCUACCUCUUCGAGGUCCUCCAUCCGACACAGAACCCGCGAAAGAACCAGUUUGUGCUGGCGCUCGCGUCCCAAACGCUCGUCCAGCUCGUCGACGCCAUCUACUGUGUGAGCCAUUUGCACCUCAAGGAGUUUGACUCGGGCUGCAAGCUCUGCUAUCUGGACGGCGUCUUUAUGGACCCGAUCCCGCCCGAAGGCAGCGGCAGCACGCACUACGCCGGCGAGAUUGCGUACUGGAUGGACACGCUCCCGAUGCUGCGGCUCCACGACGAGUUCCCGGGCUUUCGCGACCCGCCCCUCCCGAUGCUCACGACGCGGCUCGCGGACUUGAACCUGCGCUUUGACGUACCCUAUUUAUUCCUGCACCUUGGCAGCUGCGAGCACGUCAUGUAUCUUCGCAACAUGCGUCUCUUGCACGACCGCGACGAGGUCGAGACGGCCAAGUACCCGCUCCGCGUCCACGCGUCGACCCGCCAGCACCAAAAGUGCUUGAUUUGCCACAACCAUGCGGCCAAGCACGUCACGUUCGACGACCCGAUGGCGGUCGAAGACCCGAUGUUUUACUGUGAGAGCUGCUACUUUAUGGCCCACUACGACGCCAACGGGCGGCUUCUCGACGCCUCCUUCCGUGUCUACCCCUACUACCCCGAUGACUAAUACAACAAUAUAAUGUAUGCCAC